GAGUAGUCUUAUAGACUCAUGCUUCUGAGAUUUUAUCCCUAGCCUUUUUGAAGCAUUCUUCAGACCAACUUGACCAGUUCCCAUGGCAAUGCAUAGAUGUUGUUUUAAAAACAACAUCUAAUUUUUGCAGAAAGCAGCUAAUCGAAAGCAAUUAAUCGAAUCGCGUAUCGCCAGCUUUGGAUCGGAAAUAUGCCGAACUAGAGAAAUAACCCUCCGAGACGAAUUAUUCGAAGUGGAACGAAUUUUUCUGUAUGAUUUGAUCUGUAAAUAUGAGUUAAAAGAAAUAUAAUGAUGUUGAAGAUAAGUUGAACAUUGCCAAGAUUGCGGCGGUAACAGUAAUACUUAUCAGGUAGAGGAUUGAAAAAUAUGAAUGACUGGAAGUGGAACGUUUAUGACCAUGUUCACCUGACCCAGUCUUCUUUUCACACAUGACCACAUACAACUUUUUAGCUUAUAAAAUAAAUAAAUAAAAACAUAAAAACUGAUGUCGCAUGAUUUGUGAUAAUCUGCUUUUUACAAAAGAUGCGGGAAGUUAUCAGCAUACAAUUAGGACAAUGUGGAAAUCAAAUUUGUAACAAGUUCUGGCCAACCAUAUGUGACGAGCACAACAUCAGUAUUGAUGGUAAACUCUUAAAUGAACAGCACCGCAUUGGACAGUUAAAUGUUUACUUUGAAGAAGUAGGAGAACGAAGUGGAGAGAGAUUUAUUCCAAGAACUGUUUUAGUUGACUUGGAACCUGGUGUCAUUGAUGGGAUACGUGGAGGGGCUGCCGGCGGAUUGUACAGACCAGAUAACUUUAUCAUUGGAAAUGAUGGUGCAGGUAACAACUGGGCAAAGGGACAUUUCUCCUGCGGAGGAGAGUAUAUUGAACAGUUGCUUGAUGUCGUAAGACGCGAGGUGGAAUCGUGUCACUGUAUACAAGCUUUUCACUUAAUACAUUCACUAGGUGGAGGGACUGGUUCCGGCCUUGGCACAUUAACCUUAUCACGUUUACGUGAAGAAUUUCCCGAUAUUUUAAUUACAAACACUAGCAUUUUUCCAGCAUCAAAGGUUUCCGAGGUUGUUGUUGAACCGUAUAAUACCAUGUUGGCCAUUGAUAGAUUAGUCGAUCAAAGCGAUGGCGUAUUUUGUAUAGACAACGAAGCCCUAUAUAAAAUUUGUAUGAAUAAACAAAAGGUGAAAAGAGUUUGUUAUGAUACUUUAAACGCGUUGAUAGCGUCUGUAAUGAGUGGUGUGACAACAAGUUUACGUUUCCCGGGGCAGUUAAACUCUGACCUUCGUAAACUUUCAGUAAACAUGGUACCAUUUCCACGACUACACUUCUACAUGACCGGUUUAUCUCCUCUUUUCGAUUCACAGACAAGACUAUAUCGGAAGAACAGUGUGGCUGAAUUAACCCAAGAUCUCUUUGAUCCUGCAAAUAUGAUGUGUGAUUGUAAUCCACGUGCUGGGAGGUAUUUAACAUUUGCAGCUAUAUACCGAGGUGCUGUUUCCAUGAAAGAAAUAGACGAACAAGUUCGAGAGAUUCAAAAUAAAAAUAGCAGUUUAUUUGUGGAAUGGAUACCUCAUAAUGCAAAAGUAUCCUCAUGUAGCGUUGCACCAAAGGGUCAUAAGUUGACGGCUACAUUUUUAGCUAAUAAUACGGCUUUACAGGAUGUAAUGAGACGAAUUCGAGAUCAGUUUUAUAGGAUGUAUAAAAGAAAAGCAUUUGUCCACUGGUACACGUCAGAAGGUGUGGAAGAAAUACAAUUUAUGGAAGCUGAAUCUAAUCUGCUCGAUUUGAUCUCUGAGUAUGAACAAUUUACUUUUAUGACGUUGGAAGAUGAACUCGCCUGUUGUUGUGACGAGUUUGAAGAUUCACUCGAAGAACUUGAUUCAGGUAUUGGCUGACGUUUUCCUCAUGUGUGAAAGACUUUUAUAGUGGAGAGAAAAAUAACAAGUCAUUUGUAAUUUUAAAGGGUUUUAAUAAAUUUUAGAGAUUAAUUACGUUAUAA